CCCGCAAAUGUUGAAGAGCACCACGUUUUCAAGGUGUUGAAGGUUAUUGUUUCGUUUCUGACUGCGAAUGGACGCCGCGGUGCUGACAAAUUAGUCAGCCGUGUAUUGUGUACACUCACUCAACAGUCAUAUCAUAUUGAAGUCGUUCGUAAGAGGAUCUAGCAUCUCUUCAUGUACGGGGGAGUAGGCAUAAAAUAUGGAGAAUCCUGGUUGCGAGGUCGGAGACUUCGUAGCUCCGUUGUACUUGUAGAUAGGUAUCUUCUUGUACGGGAGAACGUAGUUCCGGGCCCCUUUCACUCGCAGCCGUUCAGACGUCAUUGACCACCAGACCAAGCAAACCGCUGAGUUUGGCAUCAACAGGAGCACCCGGAACCAUGGCACCUUAUCAACCCUCUCACCACUCAACUCCUCGCAAUGUCCGCCGGAUAUUUUCCCAAACGUACCAAAGUCGGCCUUGAAGAUCUCUUCAAGAAUCUCAUAACAGCCUCGCAUAUCCUCCACCAUCACGGCAUCCUCGACGCGUACGGACACAUCUCUGUCCGCAGUCCAGACAACCAUGCCACGUUCUACAUGCCCUGUAACAUGGCGCCCGCCCUGCUUAGUUCCGAAGAGCACCUUGUGGAAUACAAUGUUGAAGACGGCGAACCAGUAGAGAAGCAUGCGAAGCCAGGAUACUUGGAGAGAUAUAUACACAGCGAGAUAUACAAGCGGUUUCCAAGCAUCAAUAGCGUUGUGCAUAGUCACUGUGCUGCGGUGCUGCCAUAUACUAUCAGUGGAGUGCCAUUGAAGGCGGGCAUACACAUGGCAGGGUUCCUGGGGAGUAAUGUGCCUGUUUGGGACGCCUCAUCCCACUAUUCUAGCGGCUCCAAGCACGAUCUCCUCGUCCGCGAUACCAAACUAGGCGCGUCUCUUUCUGCAGCCUUCAAGCCAGCCACCUCAGCCGGCUUCUUGUAUUCCAAAGUCCGGUCAGCGCUGCCGGCGCAAAUAGGGGGUGCGCCUCCGGAUCCUGCGAAAGAACCUGAUCACGCUGUCGUGCUCAUGCGAGGGCAUGGGUUUACGACGGUCGCGCAUGGCAUUGAAGAAGCAGUAUAUCAAGCCAUUUAUACCAGGGACGCAGCGAAGGCUCAGAUGACCGCAUUGAUGAUACAUGAUGCACAUUUUGGGCAUGUAGUUGAGGGGAAGGUGGACAUCGAAGGCGGUGGGAAGAUCAAAUCUGCCAAGGUGAAGACUGAGGGUGAUGUCAAGUUCUUAAAGGACAGCGAGGCCCACGACGCUUGGGAGUCUAUACGGGGCACCAUAGAGAGACCUUGGAGGCUUUGGUGUCGUGAGGUUGAAGUGAAUCCGCUAUACAGGAAUGAUUGUCCGGGCUGUGAGGACUGAUGGACUCCUCCUGGGAAAGGCGCAACUUGUAUGGCCGAGCGAAUAGCUAAUCAACGAUCACAUCUAUGCAGAGGGCAACCGUGUGAUGGUAAGACUGUUGAAUUACCAUGUCCUGUGGGAUCA